AUGGCUAAUCUGCUGAUUAUAGACAGCCGUUCUUUUGUGGAGUACAAUGAUGCACACAUUACAGGUGCUGUCAAUGUCUGUUGUGCCAAAAUGUUCAAGAGAAGGCUGCAGCAGGAUAAAAUUUCAGUUAAGGAGUACCUACAGAAGGUGUGUCAGAUAGAUGUGGAUGAGUCAUGGGAGAUCAUCGUGUAUGACCAGAGUUCGACAGAUUCCACGAUUCUUGCUCCUGACUCCUUCCUACAUGUGCUGAUCACUAAGCUGGCCAGAGUCUUCCAGCUUGUAGGACUUCUGCGAGGUGGCUAUUUAGAGUUCCAAGGCAAAUACCCAGAACUUUGUGACGAGAGUAUGGGGAAGUACUACUCAGGGUUAUUGGGCUCUUUGUCCCAGCCUUGCCUCCCUGUGACAAAUGUUGGUCCCACACGUAUCUUGCCCUUCCUGUACCUGGGAUCUCAACAGGAUGCCAUGAAUAAGGAGCUUCUCAUGAGUUACAACAUCAAUUACAUUGUGAAUGUGAGCACAUCUGGUGACCAGCCUGACUUCAUCCAGGACAGCCACUUCCUUCGUAUUCCUGUGAAUGACAACUACAAUGAUCGACUGGCACCACAUUUAAACAGAGCUUUUGAAUUCCUUGAUAAAGUGGAAGAGGCAAGUGGGAACGUCUUAGUGCACUGUCUGAUGGGCAUCUCUCGCUCACCUUCUGUUGCCAUUGCAUACAUCAUGAUGAAGCAGGGCCUCAGUUGGGAAGAAGCUUAUAGGAUUGUCAAAUCCAAGAGGGCUACCAUUUCCCCCAAUUUCAACUUCCUUGGUCAGCUGAUGGAAUUUGAGCGUCACCUCCAGCGUGAGAACAAGCUGAAGCGUCCAUCUAACCCCAUCCCAUCCACUCCGAGCUGUGGUGUACCACGUUCCUUGUCCCUCUCGUUCGCUCCCUCGACAGCUGUGCCUGCAACACCCUCGGUUGGCGACAUGUCCCCGACAACGGCUCUGGCAAAGCUCAGCUUUGAUCAGUUCUUGGACAAUGGGAAGAACAGCUUCACAUCGACCACUUCACCUUCGCUGCGGAAAGGCGAGAAGCGGACGUUGGACAGUCGGGCGUGCUCGAGUAUGACCAUGCAUCACUCGUCCAUCACGGUGACUCGGAACUCGAUGGACUCGAGCCAGGGUCGCAACAUCAGCGUCGAGAUCUCCUUCAACAAGAAAUUUCAACAGGAGAAUGAGGAGAUGGUCGAUGCUGCUGCAACUUCGCCAUCCUCGAUGCCUCCAGAAGAGAAGUCUCGUCGUGUGGAAGUUCACAUAGACAGAGUUCCUGCCUCCAAUUUGAAGGAAAGGAGCUUUUCUCCACGACAGAGCAAGUCUGACUCUCGCAUCAGUGUCACCGGUUACCCUUUGGGACGUAGUGGAGUGCACAUCCACGUGGGUCCCAGUCGAACCUCUUCCACGGGUUGCUUUGGCAGACGGUUACAGCCCGAAGAGCCUCUACUGGAAGACGACGGAGACGAGGGCUUCGUGAGGCAUCUCUCCAACUCCACGUGGUUUGUCCCCACUCCAGACUCCAUGGGUUAUCCGUGUGCACGCUCAGACUCUGUGAGCACGAGCGGUCUGGGCUCAGAGGCUGGCUCUGAUUUUGAGAGCAUAUGUGAUAGCGCUGGAAGUGGAGCUGCUUCCGUGGUGAUGGAUCCAGACGAUGGGGUGUUCCCCGAUUGGACAAGUCUUGGUCCUUCUCCAUCCACAUCUAGCAGUAGCAUUAGCAAGGCUCCCAUUCGGCCUUCUUCACUUCUCUCUUCCUUUUCUUUGGCCGCAUCUGGUAAGAAGAGUGUGGAGCACAGGAUCCCAAUUACAAUGGAAGGUGAAGAGGACAUGAAAGAGAGAGAGAAAGAAAGUCAAGAAGAAGAGGAGUCAUUUAGCCUGAGAAAUCAUCCCCUGUUAUACGGACAGCAUAGGCGGAUUCAAAGCAAGGAUUCUGCAUAUUUCAGUCUCCAGGAUGUUGAGGAAGCUCAAGAACGGAUUCACUCCAAGGAUCUUUUCCCUUCUGUUUCUGACUGUGAUGAAAGACAGGAUUCAGGGAUAGGACUGUUGUCCCCAUGGAGUUCCGCUGACGGAAAGCUGCCUUCAUCAGAAGAUGCUGGUGUCAUACCAGGAAUGGAUGUGUUCCAGAAUAUGGAUACCCUUAGACCACAAGGAAAAAAAGCAUUUGAUUUCCAACGGGACUUGGACAUCCUGGAGAAAAAGGCCAAGGAAGAGUUUGCCGAAAUCCGCCAGGACCUCACUCGACUCAUGGGGAAGCAGAAGAUGGAAACCAGUACUUGGAAGAGAAACAGUCCCACCGAACCACCUUCGCCCUCUGGCCUUCACCUGAUCUUGCCGGCGGCUGCAGUUGUGCCAGUGGACCCAUCCAAGUGCGAUGCAACUGUUCGUGGUUCUCUCUACCGAGUCCAGAGCUGUCCGGGGAUGGUGUCCAACUCCCCAGAACCCCCUCUGACCCGGAAGUCGUUGAUCUCAUCUCCCGAAACUCAGGCGGCGGCAUGGCGACCCAGCGGUGCCGUCGCUCCUCUGUCCCGCCUCGACAAGUUCAAGAACCGCUACUCCUGCGGGAGCCUGGACAACGAGAUCGUGUCGGUGCUGGGCGAGUCUUGUCCGGACAUCGUCCAGUGGCGGGGUUGCCAGCAGGUCGCUUCUGAGUCCCCACACAGUAGCAACUCCUCGCUCUCCAACAAGUCUCAUCGUCCACCAUCCAUCAUAGAGGUGUCAUGAAUCCCACUCUCAUGGCGUUUGUUUCCCCCUGCACAUGUGACUACCCUCAUCUGCACAUAUCUGACUUCGUGCUCCCCAUCCUUUGAUGUUUUCUUUCUUAAAGAAAGUACAAAAUGAGAGCAUAAGCGUACGAUGAAAAAAAAGCAAGUAGGUCCGUGACGUGAUACUGUACCUCAUCUGUAUCCUGACUAGCAAAAUAACUAAUGUUUGCAACUAUCUAAUUUUGAAAUAUCCUUAAAACCUUUUUCAUUUUUAGAGUUCCUGCUGCUUCCCAUAGUCUGACAUCAGCGACUCGGCAUGAAUUUAAUUUUUUUUGCACAUGCUUUGUAGUCUCAAUUUGUAGCUUUCCAGUGGUAUGGAGAGUCUAUGCUUAUCAUUUUUCAAACCUUCUAGACUUGUGAUUCCCCUUCUUUUGAACUUAAAGGAAAGGUAUGAAAGUAAGAAAUUUCAUUGUGACUGGGUACAUUGUUACGCUCUGGAGAAAAAGAUGUUGUUACUCUGUUUAUCUUGUGUACAGUCCAGGUUAAUGUUUCAGAUUAUGGCGACAGUAUUGAUGAUGGAACUGAAUAAAAUGAACGUUAUAAAUGAUAAUAGGA